GAUUGGCUUGGAGGCCCAGCGCUCAAAACCCGGGCGCCGCGCGCCCCUCCCUGCCGGCUCCAAUGUGCCGCUGUUGCAUGGGGCGCCGCCGGCGGCUGAGGGAGCGUGACUGCGCGGCGCAGGGCGCUAGGAGGCAUUGUCGCCAUCUGGCCGAGUGCAAACUGGUUUCUUUUCCCAUCGGCAUCUACAAGGUCCUGAGGAAUGUCACUGACCAGAUCCACCUCAUCACACUGGCCAACAAUGAGCUCAAGUCCCUCACCAGCAAGUUCAUGACCACGUUUUGUCAGCUCCGAGAUGUGCCCGUGGAGAAGCUGGCCGCCAUGCCCGCCUUGCGCAGCAUCAACCUCCGCCUCAACCCGCUGAACGCUGAGGUGCGCGUCAUCGCCCCGCCACUCAUCAAGUUUGACAUGCUCAUGUCUCCGGAGGGCGCUCGGGCCCCCCCACCUUAG